AUGACUUGGUGGGAUGUUACUCCCCACCUCGUCAAGUGUCGCGACCUUGAUGCCAAGUGUAGCGAGCUGGAGGAGAAGCAGCACGCGCUCUACGAGCCCUACAAGAAUAAAUCCGAGAACGUGCGCUCGAAGCCGAGGAAUGAGCACCAGGUGUUGUCUGGUGUUAAACACGCCUUGACAGACGCCAGCGGUGACACGAAUGCUUGGAGCAGAAUGUCCAAGGUCAAAGAGGCCCUUGCUCAAAUGGACGGGUCUGAGAAUCGCCUGAAUUUGAUUGAAGGCGAGCUGGACAAGUUUCCGUUUGCUGCUGCCUUUCGAGCCGAGAUGCUCGGUAAGUUGCAAGAAAUGGAAACCAAACACGCGCGACAGAUCGAGGAGGUGCGGGACGAGCUCAAGGAACAACAAGCCGUCAACAAGGAGGUGCAGGCGGAGCUUCAAACGAUCCGGCAAACGCUGAAGUAUCCCAUCUUGAAGCGCCAAAUCAUCAUCAAGCUCGCCACAAUCGUGGGCGAGCGCUUUUGGCCGAGUGACUCUUGUUCAUGGCCGUGUGACGAUGACAUCCACCGGCUUCGUCUGCUGUUCAAGUACAUGGACUGGGCCACCGCACAGGUGGCGCAAGACGAUGGCUUCCGAGGUCGUGUUCCGCAGAAGGGGUGUCCAGCAGACACAGAAGAUUUCCACACCUUGUUUUACAAGUGGAAGCCGGGCCUUCAGGAGUGGGCAGUCCAAGCGUAUGCUGACGUGCUCCCACGACUGGGUAAUUUGGACGACUUUUUCAAUGCAUUGAAUAGUGUGCGCAGCGAUGGUAACAGGGCGGCGCAUCCGACGGUGCACGAGGAGCACGCGCUUAAGGAGCUGCCGAGCCUGAUCGAGUCGAUGGAGCAUUGUCUCACGUACAAUGUUGACGACGAGCCCAGCGCCGUCUAUGACCGCGUGGAGGGCGUCUGCUUGACAGCUACCCAUCGCCCUCGGGUUAGGGUUAGGGUUCGAGCCGCCCCUGAUGCCAAGUGUAGCGAGCUGGAGGAGAAGCAGCACGCGCUCUACGAGCCCUACAAGAAUAAAUCCGAGAACGUGCGCUCGAAGCUGUGGAAUGAGCACGGGGUUUUGUCUGGUGUUGAACGCGUCUUGAUCAACGCCAGCAGUGACAUGAAUGCUUGGAGCAGAAUGUCCAAGGUCAAAGAGGCCCUUGCUCAAAUGGACGGGUCUGAGAAUCGCCUGAAUUUGAUUGAAGGCGAGCUGGACAAGUUUCCGUAUGCUGCCUUACGAGCCGAGAUGCUCGGUAAGUUGGAAGAAAUGGAAACCAAACACGCGCGACAGAUGGAGGAGGUGCGGGACGAGCUCACGGAACAACAAGCCGUCAACAAGGAGGUGCGGGACGAGCUCACGGAACAACAAGCCGUCAACAAGGAGGUGCGGGACGAGCUCACGGAACAACAAGCCGUCAACAAAGAGGUGCGGGACGAGCUCACGGAACAGCAAGCCGUCAACAAGCGACAAGAGGAACAGAUCAAGGAGGUGCGGGACGAGCUCACGGAACAACAAGCCGUCAACAAGCGACAAGAGGAACAGAUCGAGCAAAUGCAAACCAAACACGAGCAACAGAUGGAGGAGGUGCAGGCGGAGCUUCAAACGAUCCGACAAACGCUGAAGUAUCCCAUCUUGAAGCGCCAAAUCAUCAUCAAGCUCGCCACAAUCGUGGGCGAGCGCUUUUGGCCGAGUGACUCUUGUUCAUGGCCGUGUGACGAUGACAUCCACCGGCUUCGUCUGCUGUUCAAGUACAUGGACUGGGCCACCGCACAGGUGGCGCAAGACGAUGGCUUCCGAGGUCGUGUUCCGCAGAAGGGGUGUCCAGCAGACACAGAAGAUUUCCACACCUUGUUUUACAAGUGGAAGCCGGGCCUUCAGGAGUGGGCAGUCCAAGCGUAUGCUGACGUGCUCCCACGACUGGGUAAUUUGGACGACUUUUUCAAUGCAUUGAAUAGUGUGCGCAGCGAUGGUAACAGGGCAGCGCAUCCGACGGUGCACGAGGAGCACGCGCUUAAGGAGCUGCCGAGCCUGAUCGAGUCGAUGGAGCUUUGUGUGAGAGGGGAAGCCACAGCAGCGCCCGACAGUCAAAAGCUGCUUGAUGUUUUGAAAGCUUUGAAUUCGAAUUGA